CAGCGUCUUCGCAAUCCGGCUAAUACGGGUCUUUCUUUCUUUGCGGCGUUCCGCUGCCAUACCAGGAAAUCUUUAAAGCGUUGGUCUUUCCAUCCCGGUUUGGACGGAACCCAGAACUCAAUUCGCCGAAGCCGCUGCUCUCCGUUUUAUAUUCGCCUUUCCAACACGCUACCGCCAAAAGGAAAAGAAGGAUCCGAUAACGAGAGAGGGAGGGAUGGUUCCCCUCUUCACACAGAGCCAUCAUCACUUCCUCGGGCGCUCCUUCCUUUCCCCAAGAUCCCCCGGUGGGUCGCCGUCCCCUCGCCUUUUGCCUCGCCGCGUCUCGUGCCGGACGAUGGCGUGCGAGCCCGCGGACGCGUUUCGAACGGUGAGGCCGGUCACCAUCUCCUACCCCGAGCUGCAGGACAAGAAAAGGGAUUUGUCGACCAAGAUCGAACAAGGAUUAGGACCCAAUGGACUUGGAAUCCUUGCAGUCUCUGAUGUGCCCGGCUUUCCUCUGUUACGUCAAAAUCUCCUACAUCUUGCACCCAGAGUCGCAAACCUACCUGAUGAUGUAAAGAAAGAGCUUGAAGACCCAGACAGCAGGUAUAGUUUUGGAUGGAGUCAUGGGACAGAGAAGCUAGAAUCUGGUAAAUUUGAUACGUUUAAAGGAUCAUAUUAUGCCAAUCCAAUCUUAGACAUACCUACGACGGAUGGUGCUGUUUUAUGCAGGUACCCAUCAUUUUGUCGACCCAAUGUAUGGCCUACCAUUUCUUUGCCUAAGCUGGAACAAGCAUUCAAAAAUCUUGGACAGCUGAUGUUGGAAGUUGGGCUCAUGUUGGCAUAUCAUUGUGAUCAAUAUGUGACAAAGGAGAUGACAAAGUAUGACAUUGAAGGACUUGAGCAGAUACUUAGGCGCUCCAGGUGCCACAAAGGUCGUUUAUUAUAUUACUUUCCGAGGCAACUGAGUGAAUGCACCGGAGAUAUUCGUUCCAUGUCCUCGUGGUGUGGGUGGCAUACUGACCAUGGGUCACUCACAGGUCUUACUUGUGGCAUGUUCAAGAGCAAUGGUGUAGAGAUCCCGUGUCCUGACACAGGUGCUGGCCUUUAUAUUAAAACACGAAAUGAUCAAAUUGUCAAAGUUGUGUUUGGAGAAGAUGAAUUAGCAUAUCAAAUUGGUGAAACAACUGAUAUAUUAUCAAAAGGCCGUCUUUGUGCUACUCCACAUUGUGUACAGGCACCUAAUGGUGAAAAAGCUUUUGGUGUGGAACGUUCGACUUUUGCUCUGUUCAUGCAACCUGACUGGGAUGAAUGUCUUAGAUUUCCUGGAGAGAUUCAUCAUCAUCGAGAGUUGAUUCCGCCAAAUGGGACUCUUACUUUUGGAGAUUAUUCUGAAAUGCUCCUUAACAAGUAUUACCACCAAAGGUUGUAAGGGAAUAUCACAAUAUUUAUAUGUAUCUUUACAUUUCUUGUACAUAAGUGAAUUUAAUAAUUUAUACUAUAGAAAUAUUUGAUCUUA